AUGCCGGGAGAGAUUAUCGACAGGCCAAACCCUAAGGCGGAGCCGUCGCACAUCCCAGAUGUCGUUGAACAGCUGCAAGUCCAGCUCGACCAGGCUUCCUUAGAUCCAUCUACCUCCGAUGCUUUAUUGAAAUUUCGCCGAGCAGCUGCUUACAUUGCAGCAGCAAUGAUUUUUCUGCAGGACAAUGUGUUAUUGAAGCGGGAUCUAAAACAUGAUGACAUCAAGCCUCGACUACUUGGCCACUGGGGAACAUGUCCCGGGCUUAUCCUCGUAUACUCCCAUUUGAACUACAUCGUUAGGAAGCAAGACCUGGACAUGCUGUAUGUCGUCGGGCCGGGGCACGGAGCACCGGGCCUACUUGCUUCGCUAUGGCUGGAGGGUUCAUUGGGGAAGUUCUACCCACAAUAUGCUCGAGACAAUGAAGGUCUCAAGAAUCUCAUCUCGACUUUUAGUACCUCUGGCGGUCUGCCAAGCCAUAUUAAUGCCGAAACCCCAGGAGCUAUCCAUGAAGGCGGCGAGUUAGGUUAUGCAUUAGCUGUAUCCUUUGGUGCAGUUAUGGAUAAUCCGGAUCUCAUUGCCACUUGCGUGGUCGGUGAUGGAGAAGCAGAAACCGGUCCAACAGCAACUUCCUGGCAUGCAAUCAAGUACAUUGAUCCCGCAGAGUCAGGAGCAGUCUUACCAAUUCUGCAUGUCAAUGGGUUCAAAAUCAGCGAGCGCACCAUCUUUGGCUGCAUGGACAACAAGGAGUUGAUCUCCCUUUUCACAGGAUAUGGUUACCAAGUGCGCAUUGUUGAGAAUCUAGGCGAUAUUGAUACUGAUCUCCAUUACUCCAUGAAUUGGGCGGUUGGGGAAAUCCAUAAGAUCCAGCAAGCAGCUCGCUGUGGAAAGCCGAUCAUGAAACCCCGGUGGCCCAUGAUCGUGAUGCGCACACCUAAGGGUUGGUCGGGGCCCAAGGAGCUACACGGCCAAUUCAUCGAAGGGUCGUUCCAUUCUCACCAGGUUCCUUUGCCUAAUGCAAAGAAGGACAAAGAAGAACUUCAGGCACUCCAGAAUUGGCUAUCUUCAUACAACCCACAUGAGCUCUUCACCGAGACAGGAGAUGUUAUUGAUGAUGUCAAGUCGAUCAUUCCCUCGGAUGACUCCAAGAAGCUCGGUCAACGUUUCGAGGCAUACAAAGCAUACGAGCCACCUAAUCUUCCAGAUUGGAAGACUUUCUGUGUGGAGAAGGGCGCACAAGAAAGCUCGAUGAAGACAAUUGGGAAAUUCAUAGAUAAAGUCUUCACCCAAAACCCACACAGUGUCCGGCUGUUCUCGCCGGAUGAGUUAGAGAGUAAUAAGCUAGAUGCCGCUCUCGCGCAUACUGGACGGAACUUCCAAUGGGACCAGUACUCCAAUGCGAAGGGUAGUCGUGUUAUUGAAGUGCUGAGUGAACAUAUGUGUCAAGGUUUUCUUCAGGGCUACACUUUGACCGGGCGUGUGGGCCUCUUUCCUUCCUACGAAAGCUUCUUGGGUAUUGUCCACACCAUGAUGGUGCAAUACGCUAAGUUCAUGAAGAUGGCCCGAGAAACAGGGUGGCACAAAGAUGUAGCUAGCAUCAACUAUAUCGAGACUAGUACCUGGACCCGACAGGAACACAAUGGCUUCUCUCACCAGAACCCAUCAUUCAUUGGAAACGUUCUCAAGCUGAAGCCUAAUGCUGCGCGUGUUUACCUACCACCAGAUGCCAAUACUUUCUUGACGACCGUUCACCAUUGCUUGAAAUCCAAGAAUUACAUCAACCUCAUGGUUGGCUCGAAGCAGCCGACACCCGUUUACUUAUCACCCGAAGAAGCCGAAAGCCACUGCAGAGCUGGCACAUCGAUCUGGAAAUUCUGCAGUACAAAUGACGGACUCGAUCCAGAUGUUGUUCUUGUGGGAGUCGGAGUUGAAGUGAUGUUUGAAGUCAUCUACGCCGCUGCAAUUCUGCGCCAGCGCUGCCCUGAACUUCGCGUUCGGGUGAUCAACGUGACAGACUUAAUGAUCUUGGAGAAUGAAGGAGCACACCCGCAUGCUUUGACAACCGAGUCCUUUGAUAACCUUUUCACCUCCGACAAACCAAUCCAUUUCAACUAUCACGGAUACGUGACCGAGUUGCAAGGUCUGCUUUUCGGCCGGCCCCGUCUAGAGCGUGUGAGCAUUGCUGGGUACAUCGAGGAGGGAAGCACCACGACGCCGUUUGAUAUGAUGCUCGUGAACAAGACCUCACGCUUCCAUGUGGCUCAGGCUGCCAUUAAAGGAGCGGCGAAGCGAAACGAGAAGGUCCGACUCCGUGAGCAGGAGCUGAGCACAGAGUUGGACCACAACAUUGUUGAGACACGGAAGUAUAUUUAUGCAAACUGCAAGGGUAAGUUGACUCUUCAUUGUCUGAGUUUGAUUUCCCCUGGCUAA